UCGGCUCGGAGGUCGCCUCGGAUGGCGGCGACCCGAGUGCGCCGCGACACAAACGGCAGCAGGUGCGGUGGGAGAGGCAACCCAUGAGCACAUUCGGAGCCGAGGCCCACAAGAGCCUCGCGGCUUUGGUUGCGCCCGCGGUGCCAGCCACCUCCGCGCCGAGCGCGCAGCCGAGCGCGAGGGAUGUCGCGGAGAGGCUGUGCGACCUGUUCCUGUGCUUCCCCUGUGCAGUGUGGGAGGGUGUGCAGUGGCGGGUGCUGGUUCGAAAGUACGAGGAGCGGUACUCCACGAGGCUGGACGUCGCCGCGCUGGGGCACUCCACGCCAGUCGCAGCGGCCACCGUGCUGCUCUGGAACGUCCUCGGGUCGGUGGACUCCGACGACGAAGCCAACCCGCUGCUGCGCAUCGACGACGCCGUCGCCCUCAUUCCCAAGCCUGGCAGGCUGGGGUGUUGGCCUUCCCUGUACCACGCCCUGCACGAGAUAGCGCGGCGGCACGGAGAGAAGGGGCUGCUCCUCUCACGGCUGAAGCCGCUGCUCCUCCGCUACUGGCACGCGGGCUUCGACGAGAGCGGCCACGGCUUCAUGAGCAGCGACGGGUCGACCUCGAAGUCCAGGAAGAUGAAGCACCUCGUCCAGGACGUGCGCAGGUGGCGCAACGAGCGCCUGGCCUGGCGGGAGGCCCGCGGCCUGAGGCCGACGCCGGUGGACGAGGCGCUGGCGCCGUGCCUGGAGCUGAGCCCCUCCGACAGCCACAACGACCUGGUGCUCCGCUGCACGCCGCGCCGCCUCCCCGCGCUCGAGGCCGUGCACGGGGCCCCGGGGCGCGCGGGGGGCUGCGCGGGGGCCGCCCUCGACGACCCCUUCGACGACCCCUUCGAGCCGCCCCCGGAGGCCGGGCCCUGGAGGGCGCGGCGCGGCUCGGCGCGGCAGGGCGCCUGCCCCAGCACGGCGGGCCUCAGCACCUCCGCGGGCAGCGAGUUCGGCGCGGCCUCGGCCUCGGCGUCGGCCUCGUGCUGCGCCACGCCCCGGCUGGCGAGCGGGGCGGCCACGCCGGCGCAGGCGCAGGGCGACGGGAUUCAUGCACAGGCGGCGGCGGCACUGCUGCCGCACGAGGGCAUCGCGCUGCUGCCGCUGUGGUGGUCGCUGGCGCCCUCCGCGCCGCAGUUCUCGGUGAUCCCGCAGGGCAUCGUGCAGAGCAUCCGCUCCCAGUUCGAGCCGCCGGGGUGGCGGGGCUGAGGCGCGCGUUUCUCCCGAGCACGCACGAGGGUGCUCUCGUGUGCGCGCAUGGCCUCCCGCGACGGCCCCCCCGCGCGGACCUCCUGCGCCUGGCGCUGCGCACCCCGCCCCUCCUCCUCCGCCUCCCUCCUCCUCCUCCUCCUCCUCCUCCUUCUCC